CAGAAUUAAUAUAGAUGCGUAGGACGUUGGGUAUACUAAAUGGGAUAAUGUAAGGGAAUCGCUACAGAAGGCUAUCCUGGAGUUCACUUACCAAUCCGUGGCUUUGCCAAUUACACUGCACAAAACCUACUACUCCAGACUACCAAGGGCCAUGCAGAAUCAUUGGUGACACCAUAAUUUCCAGGCUGUAACAUUACCCAGGCACCCAAGACCUUUAAAUACACUUUAAAAUGCCACGUGGUGAAAGGUGAGCCGUUUCAACUGCACAGACGCUAGUGAGCUAAUUUGAAAGUCGCAGGGUUAUCUCGGGAGGUGGACAAAAGGGCAAGAAGAUCAGCAGUUUCAUACUGGAAUUCUGCACUUUAAAUCCAUGGACCUAGUUUCUUCAGUGAUUUUAACCAGUUACAAUACGUGACGUAUAUUGCCUGAUGUUUACAAUGUAACUAAUAGGUUUUUUGAAAUAUUUCCGGGCAAAGGAAAGUUUUACCGUGGGAUUUUCAUAUUUUUGUUUAAAAUCUAUUACCGUGGAUGGCGAGGGUAACCUUCAGUUUAACAACGUACUUUUGGGAGAAGUCGGUGCAGCAGCAGGCACCUGCUUUUGUCAGCAGCCAGAGAGUAGAACCAAUAUCAAGUGCUUUAUUUAAUGAUAAAUUAGAUCUUUUUGACAGUGAUUCGGACAUACGUCAUUAAUGGGAUAAUUCACUGAAAUACAGCAACAAGGCAAAAAGAGAAGGUCAUCCCCCACCCCAUAAGAAUUAAACUCCCUGUGUGGGUAUUUCAGUGAAGCAUCCGCAUGGUACUUUGGUCGAAUGAGCAAGACAAACUAACUGAAAUGUCUACAAGUCCAGUAGACACGAAAAAAGAAGGGGUGUCACCAGCAUACCACCACACUAAUGGAUCGGUACAUCCAGUAAUACAGAAGGAUGGUCCAAAUGGGCCGGUGCAUCAGUUAAUACAAAAGGAUGGUCCGGAAGAACUGCGACCAAGUGAGGGCUAUGAGCUCAAAGAAGUUUCAUUCUCGGAAAGAGCCGAACAAGAAAGCGACAUGGUAGCAAUUGACUGCCGUGCUAACGCUAAGGGCCAACGUGAAGAGGAUGCCUUGUUGGAAAAUGCUAGCCAAAGCAAUGAGAGCGAUGACACGAGUACGGACCAAAUCCCGGUGCCCCCGGCUCCGCUGAAAGAAACAUCCUUCUCCAUUGGACUUCAGGUCGUCUUUCCAUUCCUGCUGGCAGGUUUUGGAACAGUCGCUGCUGGCAUGGUUUUGGAUAUAGUUCAGCACUGGAUUGUUUUCACUGAGGUGACAGAAGUGUUCAUCCUGGUUCCAGCUCUUCUGGGUUUAAAGGGAAACCUAGAGAUGACACUGGCAUCUAGGUUGUCCACUGCAGCUAACAUUGGACAGAUGGACACAGCCAAGGAGAUGUGGAACAUGAUAAUGGGAAACCUCGCUCUCAUUCAGGUCCAGGCCACAGUGGUAGGUUUCCUUGCGUCCAUUGCAGCUGUCAUCUUCGGCUGGAUCCCUGAGGGCCACUUCAAACUGGGCCACGCGGUGCUGCUCUGUGCCAGCAGCGUUUCCACAGCCUUCAUAGCCUCUCUGCUGCUGGGGCUUAUCAUGAUUGGGGUUAUCAUUGCUUCCAGAAAGGUCGGGAUCAACCCAGACAAUGUGGCAACACCAAUUGCUGCUAGUCUGGGGGACCUCAUUACCCUGGCCCUAUUAGCAGGCAUUAGCACGGGGCUAUAUAAGCAGCUAGAACACAAUGACUACAUCAACCCACUGGUGUGCGCCAUCUUUGUGGCCCUAACACCUGUCUGGGUGCUGAUUGCUCGUCGCAUUCCUUCAACUCGAGAAGUCUUAUACUCCGGUUGGGAACCGGUCAUAAUCGCCAUGGCGAUUAGCAGUGUUGGGGGUCUUAUUCUGGACAAAACUGUGUCUAACCCCAACUUUGCUGGAAUGGCUGUAUUCACACCAGUCAUCAAUGGUGUGGGAGGCAACUUGGUUGCAGUGCAGGCUAGCCGGAUCUCCACCUACCUGCAUUUAACUGCACUGCCCCUGGUGGAGCCCAGCCCUCCACCACAAAAGUGCCCCACCCCUUGCACCACCUUCUUUGGGUCAGGCGUAAACUCUCGCUCAGCUCGGGUACUUUUUCUCCUGGUAGCUCCAGGGCAUCUAGUUUUCCUCUACGCCAUUAAUUCUAUGCAGGGUGGACACACCACACUCACAUCCAUCUUCAUUGCCUUCUACAUGGCUGCUGCCCUACUACAGGUUAUUAUCCUGCUGUAUCUGGCGGACUGGAUGGUGCACUGGAUGUGGGGGCGGGGCAUGGACCCGGACAACUUCUCUAUCCCAUACCUGACAGCACUGGGGGAUCUCCUAGGGACGGGCUUCCUGGCACUGUGCUUCCAUAUUUUGUGGCUAAUUGGGGACCGUGACACAGACGUGGGUGAUUAAACGCCUACCCCAAAGAUGUGCAGGUGUCAACUUUCUAUUUAUUGUAGUAAUUAAAGAGUUUGGGCUUAUUAUGGUGAUUAAAAUCAAUAUGCAUUUGGGAUUUUUCAAUAACAAGGAGAUGUUCUCAUUAUUUUUCAAUGGGAACAUUCUCCCUUGGUCAUCAUCAAUUUACACUUGAAACAAUGAAAAACAUAAAAAAAAAAAAUAGAAUAGACAUUGCCUUGGUGUCUUCAUUCCUCACCUAUAAAUAAAGGGAUGACAAUUCUGGGCCAGAGUGCUUAAAUAAACUCCUUGUGUUUAACAGAGGUGUUUAUUAAAAUAACUGAAGUGGAUCUAGUCCUGCUUUGUAACCUUACUGAAACACUAAGUCAGGCAGUUAUAUACAAUACUGUGUAGUACCAUGAUCAUUGAGGCCUUAUCACAUGAUUGGUACAUUCAGGCAAAAUGAGAUUUUGCUUUCAAUAUGAUCCAUGGCCUUUACAAAGUAUUUUCCUUAUGCUUCCUGUAAUUUUCCCUUUUCCACAGCUUACUUGGGUCCAAGUACAAUGGCUUGAACUAAUUGAUUGUUUUACCGUUCUAAAAAUAUAAUUCUGGCAAUGGUUACUUGGGGGAAAAAUUGGUGAGACUUUGAUGACAUUUUUAGAUCUGUUAGGGUGCAUGCAUAUUUUGAAAGGUACCUCUGAAUUGAAAUGAAGGAGAUAAUAAAUUUUUACCUUCUGCUUACUUUUCUUUAGUAAACUGCUUUGUUCAUUAACUGACAAGGCUGUGUAAAUUUCAGGCCUGAUGGACUGUCAUGCCUACAUAAAACUGGCGAAACACCCUGUUACAUAUUGCACAGCCAAUAUUGUAAGCGGUAGUGAAUGUUAAAAGAUUCUUUAAUAUUAAAUAUUAUCAAUAUACCUUAUUUUGGUUCUUCCUGUCAUGCUGUUAUCACUGUGAAACAGAUGAUCAUGAUUGCUUUUGUAAGGCUGAUAUCUGGAAUCUUUUUAUUUCUUGGAUUUCAGCAGCUUAUACUGAAUCAUAAUUGGUUUGGUUAACACCAAAGGUGCCUUAUUUUAUGAGGGACUUUUAUGGGAAUUUAUAUUUGAAGAAUUAAAUAAUUUUUCUCUUUGGGAAAUUUAUUUCAUAAAAUAAUAUGAAGGAAUUGCUUUCAGUUUGUUUUACACAUUCAUUGGAUCUAUGAAAUUAAAAUGAUGUGUCAAUUCAGUAUCUUUGAAUUAUUCUUAAGAUUGUCCAUCCAUCCAUAGCUGCGUAUUCUGUGCAGGUGCAGUAAGCCUGAAACUCAUUGUAUGAUGUUUAGAGCAAAAGGCAGGUGGUGUCUACCGAGCAGAUUGGACAUAUGGAGUGUUUUUGGAUUGUUGGAGGAAACACAAAAAAGGGGAGAUAUGCAAACUCCACCCGCAGAGAGCGGGAAUGGAACCCAAUACUACUGAGCUGCUACAGCAUCCUAAUCAUAUAACUAACAUUAUUAAAAUGCAGAUUGAGUAAAAGUGAUUAGAAAUAUAAAGUAAAUCAAAUUCCUAAUUUUUAAAACAGCUGUUUUGAAGGGCUAUUUGCUGCCUCUUUUCCUCCCGACACUUCUGAUAAUUUAAGUCUUGUAACAAUGUAAACCCUAUGUUUAGUUUCAUGUUACAAUGUUUGGCAUUGAUUGUUCUGCCAACAAGCAUAAUUGUGUAUAUGGUACACAUGGUAACCUCGAGCUGUUCAAUAUCUAUACCUCAAUUAAGCACAUAAAAUAUGUUAUUUAUCCACUUUUAGUAAAGUUCAUAAAGAAGUCCAUAAACAUACCAAUGGAGGAGUGCUUGCCAGAUAUUAUACGGGGCCAAAACAAAAAAUAGCACAUGAAAUGUAUUCUUACUUUCUCCAUCUUCAAAUAUAUUUUUAAUUUAAGGGAAAUGUUUAAACAUUUUAUUUUAUGUCUAAAUUAGAUAAUUUAUAGAUAUUUCGUGAAUAGUAACUCUUAAGGUAGAUUUCUGGCAAAUGUACUGUACUACUGGACCGCAUUUACUGGCAACUGGGCAGCACUCUUAGGGCAAUAAGCUUUGUUCUGAGGGGUUAACUGGUUUUGAAUGAAGGAAUUAAACUUCUAACCCUGUCGUUCUGCUUUACUAUGUAACUGGUGCCAAUGUAUCAUACAACAUUUCUGUGGUUGUCAAUGCUACUUUAGGUAUUUGGGUGGAAGAUUAUUUAUUUUAAAAAGCAGUUAAAUUGUAUAUAUAUUUAUUCCAUAAAUAAGUGUUGCUUUUAAUUUUUUUUAUUUACUGUCAGUUUUGAUUUCUGUGUUCACACUGGCCAAGUUGAGCUCAAACAGUUUGCCAUUGUCUAUUUGGCAAUUCUAACAGUUAUAUAAAAUUAUGGUGCAUAAUAUAUGAUAGACUUUGUAUUUGAGCUAAAAUGUACUGACCUUCAUUAGCCUAAAUCUCUCAUCAUGCAAUGUAAAAGGUUCAUGAUGAGGAAAUAACCAAUAUUAAGCUAUGAGAGCAAAAUAUUCACACUUGCUGAUCCUUGUCAAUAAACAUAGUUGGAAGAUGUUUUUCUUCAUUAUAUGUGUAGAGGACAUUUCAGCUAUUUCAUGCUAUUGGAAUGAACAGAUUCUACAUCAAAAGGGGACUUAAACGACACUAGACAAUUUAGGGCAUCACAUGCGAUAAGGAUUUUAAUGGCUAAAAGUUCUGCAACCAACUUUAUACCUCCAAGCUUUCUCCCUGUUGAACUAGGACUGUUUUGCUUCCCUAUAGGCAAUGCAUGCAUAGAAUUUUCCCCACAGUUCAAGUACUUGUUCUGGGGACAGGACUAUAGAUCAGUUAAUUAUGUUAAAUUAGACAGCAAAGCAGGUAACAAAAGUCUCCGUGACAAAAAUGGGAUAAGAGUUAAAAUGGCCGACGUAAAUGUAACAUACAUAUAAGACCUAACAUAGGAAGGAGCAACAAUAUAGUGUACAGUUCCUGCCCUUUGUGCAAAGUAACAACUAUUUGUUAACCCCUACCCCCAUUCAGUUAAGCAUUAUAUUGAACACUCUAUUUUUAUUUUAUUUUUUGCUAUUUCUGGGAUUCCAAAAUUGAUUUACUUCUGUAAAAAACUGGAUUAAAGUAAUAUUUGUUAUUACAAA